AUGCCCUGGGGUAGCAAGUUGGAGACGACUACAACACCGACUGGUCUCCAUCGAGAGGUGGAUCCGUCUACUGACUUUCUGCUUUCUAGUCUUACAGCGCGUACAUGCCGUUCUGCCGCGCUUCCGGGGAUUGUAGUCCCGCGAAGGAGAAGAGGUUCCGGUGGGAGUAGAAGUGCUCGCAAUAUCCAUACUAAUUAUCUCAUAUUGACCCUGAUCCAGAAGAAGAGGAAGAGGGAAAGUUGGAUUUGUUCGACAAUCGGAAAAUGUAGAAGAGAAGAAGAUGAGUCAGGAAUAAAUGGAAGAGGAAGUUGGGAAGCUGCUCGUCCCCGCCAAGACAUCUCGGCUCGACCCGCCAGUUAG